AUGCCGUUCGGCUGCGUUGCAAGCUGGAGACUGUUGCAGGGUUUGGAUGCAGAUGUAGAGAUCCUCGCCAGCCAAGAAACGGAGAAGAUUGACUCCGUCUUCUCAUCCCGAAAGAAGGAAGCUCUCGUCCCUCGGAGCACGCGGACGAGGGAACGCGACCGCCGAAUCCUCCGACGAGAAUCCCGAACUCGCUCGGCAGCGACAUAUGGGAGUCGGGGCCGGGCGCCCCGCCAGCCGGCCCACCCCCCCCCCCACGGACGCUGCUCGCUGACCCCAGACGGCGGGGAUGAGCGCAUCGGGGCGGCACGCUCAGCGCGCGACGCCACGCCGCGCGCCUUCAGCCUCGCGCCCGCUCCGCUUGCCUCUCCAGAGCGCUCCGAGCCCAGGCUCUCCUGCUCCACGUUUGUCCCAGCGGCAGCAGCAGCGGCGGCAGGGAGGACGCACCUUCCUGCUGGGGAGGUGGAGGAGCAGCCCCCCCGCGCCCCCGUCAAGCACCGACACGACCAGGCAUUCCUCAGCAGGAGAAGAGAACGGCAACAGAGUCUCCCGUCUCCACCCACCCCUCCCUCUCACCCCCCACCCCCACCCAGACCUCCUCAAGACACCAGCGAGGCUCCUUCAGGGCCGCUCUGCGCCCCGCCCCGUCACGUCGAGCACGGGGUUGACCCGCAGCCUGCCCGCGCGGCGGUGGUUGGGGACCUGUCAGGUGGUACCAAUGGGAAGCUGGACCGCACCAUAGCAGAGGAGCGUCUGCGGCAGGCGGGGUCUCCGGGAAGCUACCUCAUCAGGGAGAGCGACCGUCGACCCGGCUCCUUCGUCCUGUCCUUCCUCAGCAUGACCAGCGUGGUCAACCACUUCAGGAUCAUCGCCAUGUGCGGGGACUACUACAUCGGCGGGCGGCGGUUCUCCUCUCUCUCGGACCUGAUUGGUUAUUACAGCUACGUGUCGUGCCUGCUGAAGGGGGAGAAGCUGCUGUCCCCGGUGGCGCCGCCUGAGCCCGUAGAGGACAGGAGGAGAGUGCGAGCCAUCCUUCCAUACACCAAAGUACCAGAAACCGAUGAGAUCAGCUUCCUGAAAGGGGACAUGUUUAUCGUUCACAAUGAGCUGGAUGACGGCUGGAUGUGGGUGGCCAACGUGCGCACGGAGGAGCAGGGCCUCAUCGUGGAUGACCUGGUGGAGGAGGUGGGGCGGGAGGAGGACCCACACGAGGGGAAAAUCUGGUACCACGGGAAGAUCAGCAAGCAGGAGGCCUACAACCUGCUCAUGACAGUUGGUCAGGUGUGCGGUUUCCUGGUGCGUCCGUCUGACAACACGCCCGGAGACUACUCCCUCUUCUUCCGCACCAACGAGAACAUCCAAAGAUUUAAGAUAUGCCCCACCCCCAACAACCAGUACAUGAUGGGGGGGAGGUACUAUAACCGUGUGGACGACAUCAUAGACCAUUACAAGAAGGAACAGAUCGUGGAGGGAUACAACCUGAAGGAUGCUGUCUCCGUGCAGCACCAGGAACAAGUCCUCUCCGACCUCGUGGACGGGAAGGAGAUUUAUAACACUAUCAGACGGAAAACGAAAGACGCUUUCUACAAAAACAUCGUCAAGAAAGGCUACCUCCUAUUCAACAAAGGCAAAGGCAAGCGAUGGAAGAACCUGUACUUCAUCCUGGAGGGCAACGACGCCCAGCUCAUCUACUUUGAGAGUGAGAAGCGAGCCACCAAGCCCAAGGGGCUGAUCGACCUGAGCGUGUGCUCCGUCUACGGCGUGCACGACAGCAUGUUUGGCAGGCCAAACUGUUUCCAGAUUGUGGUGCAGCACUUUAGCGAGGAGCAAUACAUCUUCUACUUUGCAGGGGAGACUCCCGAACAGGCUCAGGACUGGAUGAAGUGCCUGCAGACGUUCUGCAGUAACCUCCGGAAACCAACCCAGCCCACGCCCAACAAGAGACUCAGACAGGUGAGCAGUCUGGUUCUGUACGUGGAGGAGGCCCACAAGCUGCCCGUCAAGCACUUUGCCAGCCCCUACUGCAACAUCCACCUCAACAACGUCCAGGUGGCCAAGACCCACCCCCGCGACGGCCAGAACCCCGUCUUCACCGAGGAGUUCAUCUUCGAUGACCUGUCCAGUGAAAUCAACAGGUUUGAGAUCAGCCUGUGCAACAAGACGAAGAAGAGCAAGGAGUGUGACAUCCUGUUCAUGCGCUGCCAGCUGAGCCGUCUCCAGAAGGGUCAGAUGAUCGACGAGUGGUUCCCCCUGAGCUCCUACGUCCCCCUGAAGGGCAUCGAGCCGGGGAGCCUGCGGGUGCGCGCCCGCCACUCCAUGGAGAAGAUCAUGCCCGAGGAGGAGUACAGCGAGUUCAAAGAGCUGGUCCUGCUGAAGGAGUUCCAUGUGAUCUACGCUCUGGCCCACGUUUGCGGGCAGGACCGCACCCUGCUGGCCAGCAUCCUGCUGCGCAUCUUCAGGCACGAGAAGUACGAGGCGCCCCUGCUGAGGACCCUCAACGACCGGGAGAUCAACAUGGAGGACGAGGCCACCACUCUGUUCCGGGCCACCACGCUGGCCAGCACCCUGAUGGAGCAGUACAUGAAGGCCACGGCCACGCCCUUCGUCCACCACGCCCUCAAGGACUCCAUCCUGAAGAUCAUGGAGAGCAAGCAGUCCUGCGAGUUGAACCCCUCCAAGCUGGAGAAGAACGAGGAUGUGAACCUGAACCUGGCCCACCUUCUCAACAUCCUGUCUGAGCUGGUGGAGAAGAUCUUCAUGGCUGCCGAGAUCCUGCCACCGACUCUGAGGUUCAUCUACGGCUGCCUGCAGAAGUCGGUGCAGCAGAAGUGGCCGGCCAACACCACCAUGAGGACCCGCGUGGUCAGUGGCUUCGUGUUCCUGCGCCUCAUCUGCCCCGCCAUCCUCAACCCCAGGAUGUUCAACAUCAUCGCCGACCCGCCGUCCUCCACCGCGGCCCGCACCCUCACCCUGGUGGCCAAGUCUGUCCAGAACCUCGCCAACCUGGUGGAGUUUGGUGCCAAGGAGCCCUACAUGGAGGGAGUCAACCCCUUCAUCAAGAACAACAAGCACAGGAUGAUCAUGUUUCUGGAUGAGUUAGGGAACGUUCCGGACCUCCCGGAAGUCACCGAGCACUUUAGGACGGACCUGUCCCGGGACCUAGCGGCGCUGCACGAGGUGUGCGCCACGCACUCGGACGAGCUCCGCACCCUGAGCAACGAGCGGGGGGCCCAGCAGCACGUGUUGAAAAAGCUGUUGGCCAUCACCGAGCUCCUGCAGCAGAAACAGACUCACUAUGCCAUGUCGAACAGCAACAGGUAGUAGCACACUCCUCGCUCCCUCCAUCCCUCCUCCGUCUCCCCGGGAGACACACGGCGGGACCCGGCAUGCUCCACCCUCAUCACCAUGGCAACCCCCCACCACCGCCGCCGCCAACCACCCACCCACCCUCCCUGCCCAUCCCCCACCCUCCCUCCCAUCCCCUCCUCCCCCGUCGCCGCCAGAACUAUGCAACAGCAACCACCAAGUCAGUACCUAAAGAGGAGACCAGAGACUGCCCGUACACACAGGUCCCUUUAUUCUUUCGCUUUUCGAUUUCUCCUCUUCCCGUACGCACCGUGUUCAUGAUUCUAACGACUCGGGGGCCAUAUAUCAUUCCCUUCCUCAUAAGGGUCCAGGAAUCUCUAAAGAAAAUAAAGAAUAAAUACAACUCUUUACGUACCCAAGAUGUGUGUUCUGACAGCACAGGUUGCCAAAGUGUCCCCCCCCCCUUCUCCCUCUUAAGUAUGAUGUCAGCUCACUGACAUGAAGCUAGUCCUCCGUUUUCUUAUAACUGGAUUAUGAGCAAUAAUGCUUUUUAUACUGUAAUUUGUGACUUAUUUUAUGGUCGUGACAAUAUCCACCAAGUGCUGAAACUAGUAUUUCCUUUCUGUUCUUUUUUUUCUCCUUUUCUUUGUAUUUUAGAUUGGAAAAAUUCUUGCAUAAAGUAUGGUUAUUUUAUAUCAAAAAUAAAUUCUCUUGCUGGAAUCAUGAGUAUAUAAUUGAGACAAACAGAAUUUUUCCAAUUUAUCACCCAUUUUGAUUGUUUGUUUGGUUCAGUCUUCCUUCUCAAUGCCAGACAAGAGACAUAAUCACAGAAACCAAGUUAAUGAGUGUUUACAGCAGUGGAUCUAUGAAUAGUACAGAAAUGUAUCAGACAUGCAUGCACUUAUUAAAACGUUCUUUUGUAAAGUA